AUGCCAACUUUUCAGUUUGACAUUCAACGUUUUAGUCUGAAAGCAGUGUGUAACCAAUUGGAAGCUGGUGCACAAGCACUCAUCAGUCUUGCCACAUGUUCGGAAUCCGAGGCGAUAGCAUAUGUUGCUCAAGACCGGGCCGUGCCCCAUGUGGCAAUUGUGCGUGAAGCUUGUCGAAAUGGCGAGCGUUUCCCAAGCUAUCAAUAUACGUCGUGGAUCGCACCAGACGCCGAACUAUACAGUCAAGCGUUGCAAAAUAUUUUUAACAUGGAACGGGUAUAUCGGGCAAAUUUGGCUACAGACGGACCAUCAGUGACAGCAAGUAAAUUUCUGGAGAAAAUCACCAGAAAGUCAUACGAGGAAACCGGAGUUUUGAAAAUUUCUACACAUAAAUAUAGUCUGAGUAACGAAACUGUCGGACUGCAUACGCCAUUCAGCGAUCUGCUAGAUUUCUGGAACGACUUAUUGGAUAAAAACGAUGACACUGCAGCCAAAUACCAUGUUCUGUUCACCGAGGAUCGGCGACCAAUGAAGGAAAUCGAAAUGGCGGCAAAAAAACAUCUCAUUACUGAGCAACGUCUCUGGUUUCUUGGGAAUCUAAUCGAUUUUUCACCGGGAGAACUACGGGAAUUGCUCUCAAAGAACUAUGAUGACCCUGAAAUGAUAAACACGGAUAGACCAAACCUAGGAUGGUUUAGACAAUUUCCAGUGAUGGAAUAUCAAGAUUGUUUCCUUAACAUUGAGGAUGAUCUAAUGCGACUAUUCGUCGCGCGUGUGUUCUCUUGUCACUUGUACAACUACACGGAACCGGAGGUUCUGGUCACCUAUGUUCUUUACCUCAUGGCUCGUGAUUUUACAAAAAUGGUCUAUUCGGGCAACAGCGACUGGGCUAAUCAUCCCGCUCUUCAACAAAUAGCACGGGAUGGAGAACAAUAUCAAGUUCACUUUGGAAUGUGGGACGAAUGGACCAUUACCAAUCCCACGCCUAUAACUGAUAAGAUUGACCUCAGACUGACCUCAAUCCACCACAAGUGCAUAUGGACGGUCUACUAUUUGCAUUUCCGAAGCUUUUGUCUCCUACGUUACAAGAUUGGAUUGGUAAGAGCCCUGUUCCACAGAGUUCGUCGCCAGUGUAGUCCGGAGUUGUUAGAAAAGGAAACUUAA